UACGUAACUUGGCCCCAUCAUCGAUUUUCUUCCCGGCAGUAGGGUUGGAAGGGGAAGAGUGAACCCUGUAGUGGUACCUCAAGCUCUUUUUUGCCCUAUCCACCUAAAUUCACCCCUCCCCUCCCCCAUCCCUCAAAACUCUGAGCGACUUUCCAAUACAAAAAUUCACUCUUCACACAACUUCUUCUCUCUAACACAAAACAACAACAGACGUGUAAGAGGCUUUUAACCAACACACUACACGAUCGCCUUUGGUCGGAAUCAAAGGCACAAGUUGAUACCACGGAUCAUAUCCCAUCAACACCAAUCGCCCGAGUACCAACUUUCAACAACACACCACGCCCGACCCCGAGAACCCCACUGCUGAACGUCCUCGAUAAACUUGAGCGGUUUCUUCUUGAUCCCCCUCAAACCGACCCCAUUCCGUCCCCGACCCUUCAGCUGCCGCAUAGGACGGGUUUAGAGGUUCUUCCUCUAGCGGAGGAAGAGUCGAGCAGACCUCGUCAGAUCGCUUCGGGAUCAGAUAGAUACAGACCUCCUUAAUAAACCUUUCGGAGCCAACCAAACUCACCAAACUACUACCCCUUGGAACUUCUGAGGGUUAUGGCACCUUCAGCUGUCACAACUACUGAAACAACAUACAACUUUCAUACAAAGUUUGAGGCAGCCCCCCACCUUGAUCUCCAUGGCGUCUCUUCUCCGAAGGGUUUAGUGGGCGAUGCCCUCAAGAACAGGGUCGAGAAUAUUGAUCACGAAACAUGCGAAGCUGGCGAGGAGGAUGCCUUCUUCGUCGCUGACCUGGGCGAUGUCUACAGGCAGCACAUGAGAUGGAAACUGAACCUUCCACGCGUCAAGCCAUUCUAUGCGGUCAAGUGCAACCCCGACCCCGAGAUUGUCCGCCUCCUCGCCGAGCUGGGAACCGGCUUUGACUGUGCCUCCAAGGCCGAGAUCGAGCAGAUCCUCAAGAUGGGCGUCGACCCGGCCCGCAUCAUCUACGCCCAGCCCUGCAAGACCAAGUCGUACGUGCGCUACGCCGCCGACAGCGGCGUCAAGAAGAUGACCUUCGAUAACACCGACGAGCUCUACAAGAUCAAGAAGUUCUUCCCGGACGCCGAGCUCUUCCUCCGCAUCAUCACCGACGACACCUCCAGCUUGUGCCGCUUCAGCAUGAAAUUCGGAGCUUCUCUGGAUACCACCGUCGAGCUCCUCACCCUCGCCAAGGAACUGGGCCUCAACGUCGUCGGUGUGAGCUUCCACGUCGGCUCCGGCGCCGGCGACCCCCUCGCCUUCCUCAAAGCCGUCCGCGACGCACGCACCGUCAUGGACCAAGCCGCCACCCAGGGCUUCUCCCUUAAGACUGUCGACGUCGGCGGUGGCUUCUCAGGGGAGAACUUCGAGGCCAUGGCUGCUGUCCUGCGCGAGGCACUGGAUGAAUACAUCCCCGCGCACGUCGCCGUCAUCGCCGAACCAGGACGCUACUACGUCUCCUCUGCUUUCACGCUCGCCUGCAACAUCAUCGCGCGCCGCACUGUCGUCAACCCCGACACGGCUGAGAACAGCUACAUGGUCUACCUCAAUGACGGCGUCUACGGUAACUUCAGCAGCAUCAUGUUCGACCACCAGAACCCGAUCGCGCAAGUCCUCCGCGCCGGCGACGUCUCGCUGCACGGUACUACCGCUGCGCAGUCCGCGCCGGGCGGGACGGAGUACUCGAUCUUCGGCCCGACGUGUGAUGGGAUCGAUCACAUCACUAAGAGCAUCCGCUUUGAGCAGACCCUGGAUGUCGGCGACUGGCUGUACUUUGAGGAUAUGGGCGCGUAUACCAAGUGCUCUGCUACUCGCUUCAAUGGCUUCACGGACGCUCACGAGGUCAUUUAUGUGUCGAGCGAGCCGGGAGCUAAGGCGCUGAUGGGUAUGAAGUAGAUGCCUGCACUGGGUUUUGAGAGAGCGGGAUAGACUCAUGGUUCUCUAUCUUUGGCUCUGAGCAUGGAUGAUGAGGCUGGGGAUCACAACAAUCCUUUCUAGCCAGGGGGGUAAAAAGUUGCCUUUUUCGAUUCGGAUCAGGGGGAGGGAAAGACCACACACUAUAUGGUGGCUUUUUUGAAUUUCGGUUUUUUUUUUGUUAUUUUGUAUCAGGAAGUCCAUAGACGUUUUCUGGUCAUACAUAAUUGAAUAAUUUUUUAUUCUGCAGUUUUACUUCGUGUCAAAUGUGAUUGUUUAUGAG